ACCUGUGGCACCGCAGGAUAGCACUGAGCUUGAGGUGGAUCCACUGGGGCCUGUCCGUGUCCGGCAAUUGACGUCCGGAAUGGGCCUCAUUCCGGUAUCAGAUUUUCAUUAUAGCAGCAUAAUUACCGCCGGCACCAUUAAACCUGAAUGGACGACAAUUUUACCUUUAUUAGUCAUCAUGGCGGCGCGCUUUAUUUCAAUUUGGGCAGCCCCAAAAAAGUGUUUCUUCCGAACAAAUACGACUUUCAUUUCGGAACAAGGCUUAUGCAUUUUUAUGACAUCUGUUUUUUUUUUCGCUUUCCGAGAUUGGAACGGUCCUGGCACGUGUCCAGCACAGUACUCUGGGAGGUGGAGCACUUCCGGGCCGUUGCAGAUAUAACCCAGUCUGGGUGGCCCCAGCUGGCUUUGUACGGUGUCCGGUCGGGGGCUUUUGGGACAACGUUUUUAUUCUUGCCCGAAAACCUUCGCAGGCCGGACUUUUGACAAGAUGAUGGAUCACCAAAUAAAUUAACCACUUUGUUACAAGCUGAUUUGGGCAGCAGUUGGAUUAAGGUUGAAUACUUGAAGGAACGGAGCAAAAAUGACUUGCAGAGCUCGGAUACUACAGGACACUUUGAUUGAUAUAACUUCUAAGAAAGAUUUAAAUUUGCUAGAUAUAGUAAUGAACAAAUUGAAAAACAGAACCCUAUUCUUUGAUUAAAUGAAUUGGAGUCGCCAACACGUCAGUUUGUUUUGGCUCGUUGAGCCCAUAUGUUACUUCAAAAUUUCAAAAUUCUUAUAUAGGAAUAUUUAAUCCAAGAUGGCGUACAAUAUGGCGGCUAUGGACCAUUAAAAAUGUUCAAUUGGUAAUAAACCACAAAUCAACCACCACUUAAUUAAUCAACUAGAGCGUCCAAUUUCCCGUCCCGGGAAUAAAAAUUCCCGUGUUUUCCCGGAAAAAAAAUAUUUCCCGUUUCCCGGGAAUUCCCGAAAUACAAACGGAAGUAUAAAUUUUUCUACCUUUUUGGCACCAAUGUUUUGAAGUCAUACAAAAAAAUAAUUAGAGAACCUUAUUUAUUGUAUUGAACUUAUCAGCUUGUUUGUAAAUUUUAUGUCAUGUUUUAAUUCAGAUAAUAUUUAUUCCUGAAGCAUUCACAACUAGGAAUAUUGUUUUCUUAUAUGUUGGGCAACAAACAUUACGCUAUUAUGGAAUGAAUAUUACCUAUUUUAUUUUCGACAACCUAUUUUAACGAUUUUUGCCUUCCUCACCUCACUGAGGCAAGGCUAUAAAAUCACUCGAAUGAACUUCUUAAAUACGACACCUAGAUAUACCUUCACGUAUACCUAUCGACUCAGAAUCAAAUUCUGAGCAAAUGUCUGUGGGGAUGUGUGUAGACAUGAUUUUUUUUCCACACAAUUAUCUCAGAACUGGCUGUACCGAUUUUGGCCGGAUCCGCCUUAUUCUGUUCGUUUUGGGGUCCCCUAAGACCCUAUUAAAUUUUAUUCUGUUUAGUGAAGUACUUUUAAAGUUAUGCCAAGAAAUAGUUUUUUUGUAGCAACAAAAAAGGGUGAUUUUUGCAUAACCUCAAAGGCCGGGUCAUUUUGCUAUUUUGACUUUUUGACCACGCGGGGGAUUGGCAGCCACACCCCCUUGCAUGCGUAUCGCCCGGUUGCCACAUCGCUUAAGCAGUGUCUGCGUCUCUUUUGGAAAAAAUCUGUAUUAAUUAUGUUGCUGCAUCAUUUUGUCUCGACAAAGAUUUACACGAAAUUUUUACUGAAAUGUAUAACUCAUGAGACUUUUCACCUUUAUUUUGAAGAAUUGAAAAUUGCUGUUCAAGUAAAAUCAAUAAAUUAAAAAAACAAAUAAACAAAUAUUUAAAAAAAAAAAUAAAAAAAAACUCUUAAAUUAAUUUGUAAAUACCACCUAAAAUACAACAUGAAUACGAGGAAGGCACCAACCACCUUAAGGUGGAUUAAGUAACGUUUUUAUAUCAUUUUAAAAUAAGAUAUUCACCAUUGUUGUUUACCUUGACCAAAUUGGUUGAAAAUUGAAAUGAUAUAAUUAUUUUUUUUUUCAAGCGAGCGCCAGCCCUCCCGCUUUCCCAUACAACCACGGGAAAUAUAAAGGCUGGAUUCAGCUCAGCUCCUCUCGCAAGCGCCACCAGGUGGCGUCUUCAGGAACUGGCCUUCCCGCUUCCCUAUAAAUCCACGGGAAAUAUAAAGGCUGGUAUUCGCCACAAGGUGAUGCCUUCCCUAAAUACAACCUAGCUAGCCUUCCUCACAUAAUGUUAAAAAAUCAAGAAUUCAGCUAAAAGUUUCUUUAUUCGUUCUUCGUCAUUUUGGUUUUGCCAGUUACAUUACCACUGCACCUUUUUUUCUUAAAAAUCUCAUAACUUUUGGUAGAAUUGACCAAUUUCUAUGCUUCUGGUUGCAAAAGAUCCAGAAUUGUCUAUAUUUACAACUGUCAGAUGGGGGACAAUAUAGUCCACUUUUACCGGUGAUAUUCCGGAUUCCGUUGGGGUACCUCGGCCCUGCUAUAUGGGUCUUUGGUCAAUAUAACAAAAUCUAUAUAAUUAUAAUUUGGAGGUAAGGAGUUAAUAUUGUUUUGAUGAAAUAACAUCAAUCUGUUAACAGCUUACCUAAUUGUAAUAAUUUAAUACUCAUUAACUAAGAUCUAUUCCCAGUUGCUUUAAAAAUUAAUAUUAUCAGACAUAAUUCUGAUAUCAUAAUUUCUGAAAAUGUGAUUAAUUAUAUAUAAACCAAACAAUACAUUUAAUUGAACAAAAUCAUGUUGAGUUUGUUCAUGUAUUAUUUUUUCAGAGCAUUUUCUAUAAAUAUUUCCAAACAAAAUAGUAAAUGUCUACUUCCGCUUGAAUUUUGGGAAACGGGAAAUAGUUUUAUCAGGAAAUCCCGGGAAGGGAAAUUGGGCGCUCUAACUCUAACUUAUCAAGAACAUUUUUUAUGAUUUGUUUAUCCGAAGGUUGUAUAGAGAGCUUCGGAAAAUCGUGUCUGGACUGUAUACCGAAAUAUCUCAAGCAUUUAAAUAAUUCUGUUGCGACGAGAAUCACGAGUCUGUUUAUCUCUGGAGGCUAAGUGGGUAUAAAACCUUAGCAACCAGUUAUUAGUACUAGAUUCAUUUGCCAACUGUGAAGAUAUGUAUUAGAACAACACAAAGUAACCAAAAAGAAGAAAACUAAAAUAUGAUCCGGGAAGCCGAGGCCAAUUGAGAUUUAUUAAAAAGGCAGUUUAAAACUGAAUAAUUGUAAGUUUACCAAACAAAUUGAAUUGUCCAAAUCUAAUAAAAUAAACAUAGUUUUAGCUGAUCUACCACAACAAUUGGAGUUUGAUCUGCUCAAAGAAAUUCAGCCCAAUUACGCCUUCGCAAAUCUCAACACUAAAAAAUUAUUCAUAAACGAUAAUUUCGCUGAAAUGUCCCAACCGAAGAUUAACCUGUGCAAAAGGUGUGAAGCAGGCUUAGAUCCGGGAGACGAGGACAUUUUCACCUGUAAGGAGUGCAGUCAAUAUUACCACGCAGAUUGCUUGACGGGGCACCACUCCAUCCCGAACACAGAUUGGAGAUGCGAUAUGUGCUCUAACCUCAAAUCGGAAAUUCCAACUGUGUUAGUAUUGAGCCUCCAAAGAUUGCAAGAGGAAAUUGCUCUCGAACGGAAAAUCCUCGAGCAAAAGUAUGCAAUUCUGGGGAACCACCUGAGUGCGCUGCAAACCAAAACCAAGGGACUGGUGGACUCAUGUCGCGCAGGAACACCGAUAGAUAAUGUACAAACAACCUAUGGAGAAUUAAAGCACGAGUUCUACACAUUCUUACAAGACCAGAAGAAGUCAUCAUCAAGAUUAGGCGAAGACUACCUACAGCAAAUGUUCGCCCGGCAAGUGAUUCCAUCUGAACUUCCUAAGUUCAACGGACAACCAGAAGAUUGGCCAGUAUUCUACAGCAGCUACAAUAACUCAACUAGAGCCUGCAAGUUCAGCAACGUCGAAAACCUGAUUAGGCUCCAGAGUUGCCUCGAAGGUCCAGCGCGAGAUGCAGUCAGCAGCAAACUCCUUCUCCCAGAAUGUGUUCCCCAAAUAAUCGCCACCUUGAAACUACUUUUUGGUCGUCCUGAUUUGCUGAUAUCUUCACUACUGUCCAAAAUUCGAGCAACGAAACCUCCAAACAGUGAAGAUAUCAACGCACUCAUACACUUUGGGCUUGCGGUGCAGAACUUUUCGGAUCACAUCGCAGCAACUGGAUUGACAGCCCACCUCAACAACCCGUGCCUGCUACAAGAAAUGGUCCAGAAACUACCAGCACAACUGAAGCUGAGAUGGGCCUUUCACAAGAUGCAGCUUCGUGAGGUAAACAUUGCAACCUUCAGUGAGUUCAUGUUCGAGCUCGUCACGGCGGCUAGCCAAGUGACCUCACUAGUAACUCGUGAGCAAUCCGAGAAUCGUGAGCUGGACAACUGCAGUGAAUCCACAGAAGAUGAGGAGCGUGAGGAAAUGAGCAGCAGACCGAGCCGCCGUGAGAGAAACAAUAAAUGUCUUAUCUGUGAGAGGCGCUGGGAGCAUGUAAACAAAUUUCGGUUGUGUCCAAGUUGUCUGAACCGUCACCUUCCUUGGCCGUGUAGAACGGCAAAGCAGUGCGGAAUAAACGGAUGCUGCCUCAAGCAUCAUCAGCUGCUGCAUUCUGUCCUGGACAGUCCGGCUGCAACUUCGGGAGCGUGUUUACCAACAACAGAAGCAGAAGUAUCAACCUGCUUGAAGUAUAUCCCGGUCAAAUUACACGGAAAGUUCAAGACAGUUGAAACAUUGGCCUUCGUCGACGAGGGCUCAUGCAGCACAAUGAUGGAGGAUAGCCUGGCAGAGGAACUGCAGUUGGAAGGGCCAAACGAGAACCUCAGUCAGCAGUGGUUUGACGGAUCCCUGGUACCGGAUAACGAAAGGAUACUGCAGCGGUGUCAGCAGCACAACCGACAGUCAAACUCCCAGCAGUAAUGUCAGUGAAGACGUGACCGUCCGAUACGUGAGGGGCCUGCCGCACAUCACCGUCCCACUGCCAAGCCGCAACGAGCGGUGCCAGUUCACGUUACGGCCCGUAACGCACAGCGUCGGCAACUUUCUGGACAUGCUGAAGGACGAGGACCGCG